AUGGCGCCACUGGUCGCCGUUGACCUAAAGAUGUCCUACGACCCCUGGGCCUUCAUUGGACCUGGAUGUGACUACUCUUCCUCACCAGUUGCUCGUUUCACUAGUCACUGGGAUGUGCCUAUGGUGACCGCUGGGGCCCGUGCUAUAGGCUUCAAAUUCUAUAAAGCUGUCACAAACACAGGCCCCACACAUGUGAAGCUGGGAGAGUUCAGCAUGAAGAUGCAGGAGACGUUUGGUUGGCAGCGGCAAGUCAUGCUCAUCUACACCGACAACAAGGAUGCCAAUGACGACAGACAAUGCUACUUUGCUGUGGAAGGGGUCUACGAACUGCUGGGAAAACAUAAUAUUUCCACGUAUGAUUACUUAUUGGAGAGCGAGCCAAACUACAAGUUGGUGGUCCAAAAGAUCCGGGAGAACGGACGAGGAGUGAUGGGAAAGGUAGAGAUGGACGAGCUGGGAGACAGAGAGAUGGACUUUGCUUUGUGGGACAUGACGGAUAUGUUUGCUGCUGUGUUUCAGGUGGUGUGUGUUUAUAACGGGAGCAUGAAGCAGCUGGUUCUGCAGAAAGGGCUGAACUUCCAGUGGCCCGGAGGCUCCCCACCUCCAGACGUCCCCGAAUGUGGCUUCAAAAACGACAACCCAGCCUGCCUCACACGUACAGUAACAAUGCAUCAGAUGGUUGCCAUGGUGAUCUGCUUUGUCUUUGUCAUCAUUCUCACCAUCACCAUCUUUAUCUACAGGAAGUUGAAGCUAGAGAGUGAACUGGCUGCCCAGCUGUGGAGAGUCUCCUGGGAGGACAUCCAGAUGAGCAACCUGGAGAAAACCAUGCGGAGAACUUGCAGCCGGCUCACCAUGUCUCUGAAAGGAUCCAACUAUGGUUCUUUGAUGACAAUGGAGGGAAACUUUCAGAUCUACACCAAAACUGGAUACUACAAGGGCAAUCUGGCAGCCAUCAAGUAUAUUAAUAAAAAGCGCAUUGAACUGACGAGGAAGGUUUUGUUUGAGCUGAAGCAUAUGCGAGAUGUUCAUAACGAACAUCUGACUCGUUUCAUCGGUGCCUGCCUUGACCCACCAAACAUGUGCAUCAUCACGGAGUACUGUCCCAGAGGGAGCCUUCAGGAUCUGAUGGAGAGUGACGGCAUCACCCUGGACUGGAUGUUCAGAUACUCUCUCAUUACUGACAUUGUCAAGGGGAUGGCGUUCCUCCACAACAGUGUCAUUGUGUCUCACGGUAACCUGAAGUCAUCCAACUGUGUGGUGGACAGCCGAUUUGUUCUGAAGAUCACAGAUUAUGGGCUGCAGAGUCUGCGGACCAGCAGCUGCCCAGACGACACGCACGCUUACUACGCACGAAAGCUUUGGACAGCUCCAGAGCUCCUGAGGUCAGAGUACCCUCCUCUCUGCGGGACCCAGAAGGGGGAUGUUUACAGCUUUGGUCUAAUCCUGCAGGAGGUGGCUCUGCUGAAAGGAGUAUUCUUCAUCGAUUCACAAUCCCUCACUCCUAAAGAGAUCAUCCAGGCGGUGGGUCAUGGUGACCUGCCCCCCCUCCGCCCCUCCCUCUGCUUCCACAGUCACAGCGAGGAGCUGGGAGUCCUGAUGCAGCGCUGCUGGAGCGAAGAACCGAGCGAGAGACCCGACUUCCACACCAUUAAGAUCCUGCUGAGGAAGCAGCACAGAGGUUAUGGGUCCAACAUCCUGGACAACCUGCUGUCUCGUAUGGAGCAGUACGCCAACAACUUGGAGGAGCUGGUGGAGGAACGAACUCAAGCUUAUAAUGAGGAGAAACGCAAGGCGGAGGCCCUGCUCUACCAGAUUCUACCACACUCUGUAGCCGAGCAGCUGAAACGAGGGGAGACAGUUCAGGCCGAAGCGUUCGACUCGGUCACAAUCUACUUCAGCGACAUCGUCGGCUUCACCGCACUGUCUGCAGAGAGCACGCCGCUGCAGGUUGUGACUUUAUUAAAUGAUCUCUACACCUGCUUUGAUGCCAUCAUCGACAACUUUGAUGUUUACAAGGUGGAGACUAUUGGAGAUGCUUAUAUGGUGGUGUCAGGCCUGCCGGUCAGGAACGAUAAACUGCACGGUCGGGAGGUGACGCGGAUGUCUCUCGCCUUGCUGGACGCUGUCAAGAACUUCAAGAUUCGACACAGACCCAAUCAGCAGCUCCGGCUUCGCAUCGGCAUUCACAGCGGCCCUGUGUGUGCUGGCGUGGUCGGGUUAAAGAUGCCCAGGUACUGUUUGUUUGGCGACACGGUCAACACUGCGUCACGCAUGGAGUCCACGGGAGAGGCCUUGAAGAUUCACGUGUCGGAGGCAACUCGACAAGUCUUGCAGGAGUUUGGAUACUUCCAGCUACAACUCAGAGGAGAAAUUGAAGUCAAAGGCAAAGGACGUAUGAGGACAUACUGGCUGCUAGGAGAAGAUGAAAAAAACUGACAAAGACCCGAGGGAGACUGACA